GCCGACGACACCCAUCACAGCAGCCAUGCUGCUCCCUCGGAUAUUUGCGCCCGUCCGCGCCGCCGCAAAGUCGCCUCUGAUCCCGUCUUCGCGCGUCCUCGACGUCCUCCGCCACGCCAAUGGCUCCGCUGCCCUUGGCCAUGCCCCGGCACCUACCCUCUCCUUUGUACGACAUGCUACGCAUCAGGCCCAAGGACGGGCCAACGGCGCAAAAGAUGGACCGGGAAAGCGCUUGGGCGCGAAGAAGGCUGGAGGUGAAUACGUGAUACCAGGGAACAUCAUCUUCCGCCAGCGCGGCACGGCCUGGUUCCCGGGCGAGAACUGCAAGUUCGGACGCGACCACUGCAUCUUCGCCACCGAGUCGGGCUACGUGCGCUACUACAAGGACCCGUCGCUGCACCCGAAGCGCCAGUACAUUGGCGUUGCGCUCGAGAAGACGGACAAACUUCCCUACCCACAGAACGCCGCUCGACGGAGAAGGCUUGGCUUCGUAGCAGUCCAGAAGGAUUCGCAGCCGGCGGAGAAGGAGGGACAGACUGUAGUUGCCGAUCUGCAGGUGGGCGAUGCGACCGGCAGCGAGACGAGCGUCACCGCCACGGCGCGCACCCCGACGACAUUGACCGUGGGCAAGGGUUAUGCGUACCGCCACGCGAACUACGACAUCGGGCGGGUUGCUGAGAGGGCCAACGUGCAGGUCAAAGAGUUCGUACCGGGAGACCGAUGGGCGGCAUGGCGCAAGUCGCAGGCACGUAAGAAGCGUAACGAGGAGGCCAAGAAGUUGCGCAAUGCAGGCAAGAAGUCUGCAAAGCCCAAGGCGAGAAAGAGGCGGGGUCCGUAGGCAUGUGUAUACUCUGGGUGUAUCAAUAUUUGUACAAACGACAAUGGCUGAGCAUGCCGUUCCAAUUACAGUUCUACAGUUUUGCCGAGUCCUUCAGGACGAGUCCUCCACUUUCCAUGUCGUAUUGCCGACCCUUCGCCCAGCCCAGCCAUCGCCUGAGUGUCUCUUCGCCGCCAGCUCCGGGCACCAGACCCUUCUCGUCCCAACCGCUGCCCUCGAUACCUACGCCUUGCCCCACUGCUGCCGCUCGACCUGAAGCUCCUUCUUGUAUAGCAUAACCAGGCGUUGAUCUGAGUGUAACUGCGGGUCUCUGGUCGAAGCCUUGCGCUUCCAGCUCUGCGUUUGUAAUGACCGGCGUGCAGCACGCGUCGGUGCCGUCAAAGAUCGCUUCCCACUCUGAGCGCGUCUUCUUCUUGAAAACCCCAGUGAAGAACUCUUUAAG